AUGGCCCAUUUCGUUCCUUGUAAAACAACCAUGGAUGCUAGCAAUAUUGCCCAUAUUUAUUUUCAGGAGAUUGUCAAAUUGCAUGGGAUUCCCACUACAAUUACAUCAGAUAGAGACACCAAGUUUGUGGGACAUUUUUGGAGGACUUUGUGGCGUAAGAUGGGGACCCGGCUCCAAUUUAGCAGUGCACAUCAUCCCCAAACGGAUGGUCAGACAGAGGUUGUCAAUAGGACCCUUGGUAACUUAUUGAGGUCUUUGGUUAGUAGCAAUAAAACGGGCUGGAGUGAUGUUCUACCGCAUGCAGAAUUUGCAUAUAACCAGUCAAAAAGUAGAACCAUUGGAAUGAGCCCAUUUGAAGCUGUCUAUGGUCGCAACCCUUCUAGUCCAAUUGACUUAAUUCCUUUGCCGGUAGAGAAUCGUUUUAGUGGGGAUGCCAAUGACAUGGUUGAUCAUAUCAAGAAGGUCCAUGAACGUGUUAGCCUUCGACUUAAAGAGAGCAACACCAAGUAUAAAGAAAGUGCUGAUAAACAUAGGCGUUACAAGGAGUUCCAAGAAGGGGAUUUAGUGUGGAUCAACUUAAGAAAGGAGAGAUUCCCUCGUGGAAAAUAUGGUAAAUUGCAUGAUAGAGGUGGUGGACCAUACAAAAUAUUGAAAAGGGCUGGUCAAAAUGCUUAUGUGCUUGAGUUGCCGAAUGACAUUGGUGUCUCGCCUACAUUCAACGUCGCUGACUUACAAGCUUACUAUGGUGAGAAUGAAACUCCAGAUUUUGACUCGAGGUCGAGUCCUUUCCAACCCGAGGAGUCUGAUGCAGGAGCAUCCCAAGCCAAACUAGGGAAGCCCAAGAGAUCAUUUCGUUGGAGGUUCGUGUUUGAGAUACCAUCUCCCCAUCAGUCAGCCUUGCUUGGCAUGGAGGUUUGUCCCACCAUGCUUAUCGUGGACCUCUUCGGCACUGAAUCUCUGCCCAUUGCCGAAGAGUUGGGGAUUUCCAAGUUCGUUUAUGUGCCUUCUAAUGCAUGGUUUCUUUCUCUCAUGGUGUAUUGUCCGGUUCUGGAUGUUGAAGUCAAAGGAGACUUUGUCCACCAAAAAGAACCAAUCCAAAUCCCGGGUUGUAGGUCAAUACUUCCACACCUCGAUCUCGAUGACACUUUGUUGGUCCGGUCCCACAAGGAGUACUUGGAUUUUGUAGAAAUUAUUUCAAGUGGGGUUUCUAAAGGGGAUGCGAUUUUGGUGAACAUAUGGGAGGAUUUGGAGCCCAAGACUCUUGCAGCCCUAAGAGAUGAGAAAUUAUUGGGCCGGUACACAAAGGUUCCGGUCUAUCCUAUUGGGCCGCUGAUUAGGUCCACUGAAUCAUCUGGUUCGAGGGGGAAGGUGUUUGAUUGGUUAGACAAGCAGCCCAAUGAGUCUGUGAUUUAUGUGUCGCUUGGUAGCGGCGGGACUUUGUCGUACGAGCAAAUGACCGAAAUGGCUUGGGGUUUAGAGCUUAGCAAACAGAGGUUUGUCUGGGUGAUACGUAAGCCCACCCAAACGGCAGAUGGGGCCUUUUUCACGGGUGGAAGUGGCAAUGGUGGUGACGAGGACAACCCAUCAAAGUACUUGCCCAAGGGGUUCUUGGAGCGGACCAAGGACGUUGGGCUCGUCAUCCCUUUGUGGGCUCCACAAGUGGACAUCUUGGCCCAUCCAUCGGUUGGAGGGUUUUUGUCCCAUUGUGGGUGGAAUUCGACCCUAGAGAGCAUCAGCAAUGGGGUGCCGAUGAUUGCUUGGCCGCUCUAUGCGGAGCAGAGGAUGAACUCCACGCUGCUGACAGAGGAGUUUGGCGUGGCAGUUCGGUCAAAAAUACCACCAUGGAAGAAAGUUGUGGAGAGGGAGGAGAUAGAAGAAAUGGUGAGAAAGAUUAUGGAGGAGAAGGAAGGUUUUGCAAUGAGAGAUAGAGUGAGGAAGCUAAAAACAAGAGGUGCCAAAGCUUUGGAGAAAGGGGGUUCAUCUUAUAAUGCUCUUUCUCAAUUCGCAAAGCAUGGUGAGUUAAGGUGCAUGAAAUUUGCCAACGGGAGGAAGUGA